GCAACCAAAGCUGUUAAAGAGAAGUUCGAGCGUUGGCAGAAUGCUAACAACAAAGCUCGAUACUUCAUGCUUUCCAGCAUGGUUGACACCUUGAAAACAAGGUUUGCUAACGCUGUCACGGCUGCAGAAAUAAUGACGCAGUUAACUGAGCUAUUCGGAAUGGCAUCUAUCCAGUCUCGCUUUGACGCGACUAAGAAAUUUAUCAAUGCAGGGAUGGAACCCCAUCAGAAUGUGCGUGAUCACCUUUUCUAAAUAGCAAGUUAUUUCCAAGAAGCCCAGAAUCAUGGUGCUGAAAUGGAUCAGACAACUCAAGUGAGUCUUAUCUUGAAUAGUCUGACUCCAACUUUUCUGCCCUAUACAUCAAAUUAUGUCAUGAAUAAGAAAGAACAAGACUUUCACACGUUAGUCAAUGACCUUCAGACAUAUGAAAAUUUGAUUGGAGGACCCAAGAAGAAAGGGAAUAAACCUCAGAAAUCUGGAAAUGGUAAUGGGACGAGUAAUCCUGAGGCACACGUUGCCUCUACUUCCAAACCCAAGAAUAAGAAGAAGUGGAAAAAUACCAAGAAGCGAGCAAAAGCUGUGAAAACAGCUAAGAACAAAAAGGCUGCUGCUCCUGGUGAUACACCAAAAGGAAAGUGUUUCUACUGCAAUGAGAAAGGCCAUUGGAAACCCCAAUGUCCUAAGCUUCUUGCAAAGAAACAAGCUGCUUGAACUCAGGUGCUAUCUUAGCGAGUUGGUUUUGAAAGCUGGACAAAAGGAUGGAGUUCGUCCAAGAUAAAGAUGAAGCUCAUUUAUUUUUUUUGAAUUAAUUGUUUUAGUUUUAGAACAAUUUAGAUUUCAAGUUUGGGAUUUUAUUCCCUGUUCUUUUCUAAUGAUGUUGCAAACAAUUUUUGAAUUUAUAAUUAAGUUUUUUUUACAAAUAAAUUGCAAUCUA